GCACAACAUCUUCACCUGCGAGUCUCUUCGAUCGCAUUUGGCCAACAUACGGCUGGAUAGGGCAUGGCAGAAGAAGUCUUUGAACCGAAGACUUUUGCUCGGUUUGAAAAACGUGAUGAUUUCGUGAGACUCCAAGACUCACUCCUCGCAUUGGAAUUCGUCGAUGAGGUAUCCACAGAGGACAACAGAAGAAGCGACCUAAAACUUCUGGAGGGCUUGUCAAAGAUUUUGGACGAGUAUCAAGAACAGUCAUAUCUUCUCGACCCCAUCCUGGAGGACCUCGUCACACCGGUUGCAGACAAAUUGAGAUCACAUGCAAGAUUUAUUGUUACCAAUCCGGAGGCUACAUAUAAUAUCCACAGACUUGAAGUUGUUGCACUUCUGCUUUAUCACUAUGUCAAGUUCCGUGGCUACAAGAGCAUCGUCAGAUUUUUUCCGCACGAAGUCGCGGACUUGUCAAUCGCUCUCGAUUUUGCGAAGUACCUGAGAGAGCUCAAGUCGAUCCCGAUGAGCAUAUGGGCACUUCGCUAUAUUGCUUUGCUCUGGCUUUCUCUCAUCUGCCGAAUUCCCUUCGAUCUCACACAAUUCGAUGGGUCAGCAACCAAAGGAACAACAGCGGCAGAUAUUGAAUCGACCGCCAAACAUUAUCUCAGUGCGGCGGGUCUCGAACGGGAGGGAGCUGCUGUACUUCUGUCUCGCCUCUACGUAAGACAAGACACAAAUUACCUCCUUCCGACGUUUUUGCAGUGGUCCGAGGCUUCCGUGAGCGCUGGAAGCGAUAGUUUCGAUUCCAUCGGUUCUCUUCAUACUUUCUGCGAGGUUGUCCAGAUCAGCCCAUCGGAACUCAUUGUGGAUCAUUUACCACGAAUACACGAUCUUACCAAAUCGGUGGCACAGAGCUCGUCCUUCACGCACAACGCUGUGCUACGCAAAUUACGAGCGAAGCUCCUCACUCGGAUUGCUCUGCGACUACUUCCUGCUAGAAGUACAACACGGAAACGAGGCCGAGCAUUGCUAGUGGACAAGCACACAGAUCAAGAGAUUGAGGAGGAGGAAUUCGAUGUACCAGAAGAAGUUGAAGACGUACUGGGAGAGUUGCUCAGCGCUCUUCAGGAUCGCGAUACCGUCGUUCGUUGGUCCGCCGCCAAGGGUGUUGCUCGUAUUGCAGAGCGAUUACCUACAGACUUUGCCAACCAAGUUCUCGACACCGUGACAGGACUAUUUUCCAUACAUUCGCUCGGAGUAGCCAGUCUGUAUGAUAUGCCUGCGAUUGCGGAGGCCACCUGGAACGGAGCCUGCUUAGCUUGUGCAGAAAUCGCUCGUAGAAGCCUAGUUCCAGAAGACCAACUCUCUGCAAUCGUUGGUUGGAUGUCAAAGGCGUUGUACUUCGACAUCAGGAAGGGGGCCCAUUCCAUUGGUGCGAAUGUUCGUGACUCCGCAGCUUAUGUGCUCUGGUCAUUGGCAAGAGCUUUUGAUGCCUCUGUCAUGCAACCAUAUGCGAGCACGCUAUCGAGAGAUCUUGUCGCUGUCUCUGUCUUCGAUCGUGAGGUGCACAUCAGACGAGCAGCGAGUGCUGCAUUCCAAGAGCACGUUGGACGGAUGGGUAUCUUCCCUCACGGCAUCAACGUUCUGGGUAAAACAGACUUCUUUGCGGUUGGUGUGAGACGAAACUCUUUCCUGGUGGCCGCUCCUCAAGUAGCUGAACAUGAGGAGUACCGCCAAUCUCUCAUCGACCAUCUUUUGAACGUGACGGCACGGCACUGGGAUCCCGCGAUGCGUCAAGUUGGCGCACAGUCUCUGCGCAAGAUCUGCGAGCUUGAUCUCGACAACCUAGCCCCUUCUUGUGCACAACGAGCGCAUAAACUCUUUCAGUCAACCGAUUCGGGCGAUUUUCACGGCGCUCUACUCAUUCUUACAGAGCUGGCUCACGCCUGUAGAGAAUCCUCACUCCAAAAUCACGAAGAACAGAGAGUCAAGAUGUUCAAGUACUUGAAUAGCAUCCCCUUCGAUGUCAUCAAAUCUCCUCGUAACGAACUCAUCACAGCAGCUUCUUGUCACUUCAUUGCCAGCACAAUAUCCCUCGUCGAGAUCCAGCUGGACAAGAAGUCUUCAGUCCCUCACUGGCGCGAAAUCAUCAGUGUCGGCUUGAAGCACAGAUCUCAGAAUGUCCAGGAGGCUGCAGCUUCCGCCCUGGCUCAAGUGAGCAAGCUGGUGGACUGUUCCGCUGUAGUCGAUAGAUACAUUCGCGAUUUUCAGAGCGGCUCACCGUUUGCGCAACAGAGUCUUGCUAAGCUACUCGGGUUGAUGGACUACACUUCUUUUUCUCAUAGCCUACCGAGCGCCAUUGAUUGCCUCCUGAAUAGCGUUGAAUCAAAGUCUCCGUCGAGGAUGGAGAACGUCGAAGCUCGUCGGAAUUGUUAUACGUCCAUGAAUCUGGUUCUGCAGACCAUCGUAUCCGAUCUCCCGAGAUACAUUGAAGCAACCACUGUCCGCCGUAUUCUUGACGCAUUGUUGAGUGGAUUGGAAGACUAUACCAUCGACGAGCGAGGAGACGUCGGGUCCUGGAUCCGGAUGGCCUGCAUCCAAAGCCUGACGCGUAUAUCCAUAACCAUCCUCUCUCAUGCACAAACAAUCCCAAACUUCCCGGAAUACUUCCCUGCAGAGAAGUAUCAGGCAGCUAUUGCUGGUAUCUUGAAGCAGGGAGCGGAACGCCUGGAUAACGUACGACAGCAGGCUGGAGAGAAUCUGCUUCUUCUGCUUCAAAUCCCGUUGCCGGAUGUGCCGGAUGCCGAGUCGUGGCGUAUGCCAGGCGACAAGCUCAUGACGAAGAUGUUUCUCAGCGACGACUCAGAGAAAGGGGCAUGGAAUGACGCUGCUUUGUUGUACCCUAAGAUUAUACGCCUUCUCGCUAUUCCAGCCUACCGAAAAUCUCUCCUUAUGGGGUUAUUGAUGAGUAUCAGCAGUAAGACCGGCAGCACACAACGACCUGCUUCCCAUAGUCUGGUGGCGUAUGCGAAGGAGCUUCCCAUUGAAUCGACAGAGGACGCUUACGGGAGACUCAACCUGGUGAUGGACCUUUUGAACCACGCCCGAAGCAAUUUGGGUUCAAAUGCGACUGUCAUACCGGUGUUGCAAACGUUCAACGUACUAUUGGAGGCGGAUGCCUUGGAAGACCUUGCUGAUCACGAUGAUGGCUUGAAGACGCUAUCCUCACUGCUGAGCAUUGCAUCCAAGGGCAUACCCAAACUCAAGAAUGUCAACCGGAUCUCCGAGUGCAUGAAGACGACUGUGAACCUCACGACUAUACCUAAGCUCUAUAACACAUGUGUUCAGAGACUUCCAGAUUUCUUGUCGCAUCAGUAUCCCAAGAUUCGUUCGGACACAGCGGAGUAUGUUUUCCUGGUUCUUCAAAGCAGAGAUCUCGGCAGAGAUACAGACGAGGCAGAAGAAACUCUGCUGGAGACUGAAUGGUCCUCCUCCGACGCGCAGCUCUAUGAGGCUGGAACAAAGCGGGUGGUCGAAGCUCUCUUAGCGUAGAUGAUGUUUGAUGUAUGACAUUAAAUGUACAAUAUUUUCGCGAC